AUGCAUCGCUUGAUUAUCUUACCCAACCAACCGGACGACAUCCUCCAGCGGUUGGCGAGAUUCUUCAGCACCCUACUCAACACCAAAUCCCCCACCCUGAACCCACACAUAAUCGAACGAGUGACGCAGCGGCCAGCGACACGUGACACUCAACGGUUGGGAGAUGUUCCAGAACUCGAGGAGAUCGAUGACGACAAACCCUUCGUCCUGGGACACCUCCAUACCAUCCUCGUCAAAGUGUGGAACGGAGGAGAUAUUCCGCGAGAGUGGAAGGAUGCAACCAUCAAGGUGCUGUACGAGAAUGAUGACCGGUCCAACUGUAACAACUACAGGGGGAUUUCGCUACUAUCUCACGUAGGCAAGGUCCCCAUCAAGAUCAUCACCAAUCGUCUAGGCGCCUUCUGCGAAGCCAAAAACAUAAUCCCGGAGGAACAGUGCGGAUUUCGACCCGGGCGAUCCACCGUCGACAUGCUGUUCGUCGUGCGCCGCCUCCAGGAGCUGGGGUGGAGAAAGAAAAUACCGCUCUACAUGUGCUUCGUCGACUUGAACAAGGCGUAUGAUUCGGUGGAUCGAGAGAUGCUAUGGAAGGUGCUGGCCAGGGCCGGGAUUCCCGCGAAGCUGAUCGAAGUCAUCCGCCAAUUCCACGAUGGAAUGCGGGCCCGGGUGCGCAUGAACUAUCGGACUGGUUCUUCGUGACACAGGGCGUGCGACAAGGAUGUGCGCUAUCCCCACUGCUGUUCAACAUCUUCUUCGCCGAGGUCCUCGAGGUCAUUGUCAUCGAUUCAGCGAGGAUGAUGUUGUUCUGCGCAGCAUGGUGUGCUUGGAGGAGGGGAAGACGGAAGCGGGGGGGG